AUGGCCGACAUACUUGGAGUAGUUGCUAGCGUCGCAGCUCUUAUACAGCUUGCUCAUUAUGGUGAAAAGUUCGCAAAGGCUUUGCUCAACUUCUCGAAACAGAAUAGUUCUCCGCGGAGAGAAGUUGAUCGAUGUGCCUCUCAAGCACAAGACUUCUCGGAUUGUAUCAAUAUGACUCAUUUCACUCUCGAACGACACUUCGCAAAUUACACCAAGUCUCCUCUUCUUCAAUAUCUUUCAUCCCAAGGGAUACUCGAUCGGAUACUGAAUCGAUCGGAAUCAAUAGAAUGGCGGCUCGAUAAAGCAACCAUACGAGUCCGAUCACUUCUUGGGGGCGGAAACGCCGUUUUCAACUUUUUCAAGUGGUGGUAUCAGAAGGACAGUAUCCUAGAUCUAUUUCCAGAGAUGGAUUCUGUAAAGAUCAGUCUUCAGCUGCUUGUGUCCGCCACUCAACUCGAGGUUCUCGACAUGGAAUGCAAAGCUUCACUCUGGGAUACUGAGAAAUUCAUUUCGAAUGAGAAACACAUUAAUCACCUGAAAAAAGUCAUUAGAGGUAAUUUGAAAACACUGAAAAGACUAGAGGCCCAAAUUGAAAGAGCCAACCCACUCAUGCCAACGGAUACCUUCACACAUCAGACACAGUCCAACAGCUCUCUCUACGAGAUUAUGUUACCCUUAGGAAGAAGUAUGGUGAAAACUGGGAGUAUCCCGAAGCCCAAGUUCGUCUCAUCAGCGUCGUCAGAGUCAUCUACCAGGACCAAGGAGACCUACAAAUCUUCAUCGUCGGGCAAUUCCAUGCCAUCAGUAUCUUCAGCUCUUUCACGUGGAGCAAGCUCCCAAACGGAGGCAUGUCAUUAUCAUCACGAGGCCAUGUACAAGCUCGAACGCCGCUUGCAACAUGAGAGACUUUCACGCAAACAGUCAUCGUCGGCGAAGACUACGCCAUCAUCAACAACAGGCCAACCAGCUACUAAACGUCAUGUCGACCAUGGGAGCGGUGCAAAUUCGAACAUCCAGGAAGUAAAAACCGUCCAGGCAUCGCAAAGUCAACGCCAACAGCUUGAACCCCUUCACGAGAGAGUAAUCCUAGUGGACACUGCCAACCUUGAUAGGUCGAUUGUUCACUCUCAUGUAUUGCACAAGGGUAAACUUACUGACAAAAUCUUGACUGGCGUCGUUCAUACUACACUUGAUGUCAGCGUCAUCUCAAUUCUAGAAGCCAAGGGACUUGAUAUAAACGUGGUUUCGUGUGAAGACGACAAGAAAAUUGGAUUCAAAUUUGACCAAGGGAAAAUACAGACAUGUAUCGGCAUGGUAUCUGUAACCAUUGACCACAACCCUUCCCCUGGUUCUCAAUCGCUAAUCACACGCCAUAAAUUCUACGUUCUGGAGAACUGUCACCCCCGACUUAUAUUUGGAAAAGACAUUUGGGAGAUUGAGGAGACGUCGAAGCAAUAA